UAACUUUGAGUCCGGUCUUUGUUCAAAACAUUACAGCUAUUGAGCCAAAUGUCAGGGGAGUGGUAGGCUGAACAGAUGGACAAAGACUGCCUGUUCAACAUAUUCCGCUAACCUCACAUUUGACUUCUUUGCCUGCCAUGGCGUUAACAGCGAUUCUCGAGUAUCUUGAUUUUAAGGGACUAUUGCUCUUCGUAGUGGCUUUUCUUUUGGUGGCAGACUACUUGAAGAACAGAAACCCACCGAAUUACCCACCAAGCCCUUUCUCUCUUCCACUCCUAGGAAACGUCUUCAACGUUGACUCUAAAGAGCCACAUAUAUAUCUGACAAAGCUAGGCCAUGCCUACAACAAUAUCUUCAGUCUGCGAUUAGGGAGAGACAAAGUGGUCUUCAUUACUGGUUAUAAAAUGGCGAAGGAGGCCCUGGUGACUCAAGCUGAAAACUUUGUGGACCGGCCCUACAGUCCAGUGCUAAAACGAGUCUAUUCGGGCAAUGCUGGACUCUUCUUCAGUAAUGGCGAGAUGUGGAAGAAGCAACGACGUUUUGCUCUGUCAACGCUGAGGAACUUUGGUUUGGGAAAGAAAACAAUGGAGCUGGCCAUCUGCGAAGAGAGCCGCUUCCUGCUGGACGAGAUGGACAGACAGAAAGGAGCUGCCUUUGACCCAACAAUCCUGUUCAACAAUGCUGUUUCCAAUAUCAUCUGCCAAAUGGUGUUCGGUCAGAGAUUUGAUUAUACUGACCACCAGUUCAGGACAAUGCUAAAAUAUAUUUCUAAAAGCAUUCAAUUAGAGGGCUCCAUUUGGGGGCAGCUCUAUGAAGCAUUUCCAGGCAUUAUGAAGCACCUUCCAGGGAAGCACAAUGACAUGUUCAGUAACUACAAACUAUUAUAUGCCUUCGUAAGAGAGGUUGUUAUCAAACACAAGGCCGAACUAGACCCCUCGGAACCUCGGGACUACAUCGACAGCUUCCUUAUAGAGAUGAUGGAGAAGCCACAUGAAACAGCAGACGGUUUUGAUGAACAGAACCUCGUUCCAUGUGUUCUAGACCUGUUUCUGGCCGGGACUGAAACUACAUCCACCACACUAUGUUGGGGUCUCAUAUACCUCAUCACUUACCCAGAAGUACAAGAAAAGGUCCAGGAGGAGAUAGACAGAGUGAUUGGACGCUCACGGGAGCCUAGUAUAGCCGAUAAGGCCAACAUGCCCUUCACUGAAGCUGUCAUCCAUGAGAUUCUGAGAUUUGGAGAUACUGUACCAAUGAAUGGCUUACGAGUGGCUAAUAAAGACACAACCCUUGGAGAGUGCUUCAUCCCAAAGGGUACAGCAAUUUUACCCAUACUGCACUCUGUUCUCUUUGAUGAGAAUGAAUGGGAGACACCCUACAAGUUCAAUCCUGGGCACUUUCUAGACAAAGAGGGCAAGUUUGUGCGGCGGGAUGCGUUCAUGCCCUUUUCUGCAGGAAAGAGGGUCUGUUUGGGGGAGCAGCUUGCUAGACUGGAACUCUUCUUAUUCUUUGUCAGUUUGUUUAGAAAAUUUCGAUUUUCAGCUGCAGAGGGUGAGAAACUCAACCUCGAUGGAGUGAUAGGAGUAACACGCAGCCCGCACCCCUACAAGAUCCAUGCAACGGCACGCUGAACAAAUCAUAUUCACUUUGGGAAUACUAUUAUACGAUAAAUAAACAAUAUUAUAAACAAUUA